AGCCCGUGCGCGCGUGCGUAGCGGUUACCUGGGAGACGUGGACGCGCGGUGUGCUGAUGGCGGAGGAGUGGAACCAGAACACCGGGGAGGUGGUGUACAGGUCUCGGGACCCCAUCAAGAACCUGAAGAUCCGGGUGAAGCUGCAGCGGGUGUCUCCGGUCAGUGCCUUGGUACAGCGGGUGCAGGAGGAGGAGGGGGGCAGAGGGGACAUCGCACUGCGGACUCUUGGCUCCAACCCCGGCACCAGUGGCUACCGUCCAGGCGAUGAUGAGGAGGAAGUCGUGAUCUCCUGGCAGGAGAAACUUGUUUAGCACAUUUGAAUAUGAACUGUACCAAAAUGAGGCGGCUUGUUGCACACCCCUGGAUCGUCAGUAUCAUCAGGACAUUUUAUCUUUGGAGAGGCGAGGAGGACGGAAGAAUAUACGCGUCUUCACUUACACAGACUACGACCGAUACACUAACCUAGAAGAGCACUGUCAGUCAGUGACCACCUCUGAACAAGAAACGCCCACCUUCUUGGCAGAACGUAUGGCAAAUGUCAGGAGACGACGGCAAGACAGAAGACCAUUGGAUGGAGUUGGGAUCCGUAAUCGUCUUAUCACAUGGAAACCAUCAGAGGAGUUCAUAAAGAAUAGUCACAUCAUUAAUACACCCGUGCAGACGAUGUACAUCAUGGCAGAUUUGGGACCGAGUGGGAAAUUAGGACUGAAGGAGAAUGAACAUGUUCUUUGUACCAUACGUGUAGACAGUAAUGGAGUCAUCACCCUGAAACCUGAUGUCACUGGCACUAAAGGCCCAUACAGGCUGGAGGUGGAGAGUCACAAGCGUGACCUAUGGAGGUACACCCUACACCAUGUCUCUGAGUCAGUGCAACCAGAAGAGCAGGAGCGGGAACAGAUUCUCUACAAAGAUCUGUAUAGUCGCCAUAAGGAAUACUUGAACAACCUGGUGGGCUCAGAUUUUGAAAUGCCGCCCAGCGGAGCGCUGCGAGUAUUUAUCAAUGGAGAGAUCGUAUCUGCACAUGAAUAUGAAUAUGAUAAUCUCUAUGUUCAUUUCUUCAUGGAGCUACCAAAACACUGGUCCAGUCCUGCCUUCCAAGAACUUUCAGGUGUUACUCAAAGCUGUAGAUCUAAAACUCACAAAAGGGAAAAUGUUGCUUAUUUCUGCCACCCUUUCAGUUUUGAGAUGUUCCUGUCAGAAGAAGUGGAGUCUGAGGAUAUACCCCAAUGGCCAGUUUUGUAUUUUGAGGUUCUUUCUCUGGACAUUUGGCAGAGGUAUCGUGGUGAAGGAUAUGGAUCGGUUGUGCUUCCACAAACCCCAGGAAUGCACAAUGUCACAGCACAGACAUGGCGACCUGUGGAACAGGGAACAGUAUCUGAGCUCAGAAGGUUUUUCAUAGGUGGCUCCCCUGAACUGGAGGACCUGACUUAUAUCCGAAUCCCCGGAACUUUUCAGGGGGAACGUUUAAGUCGUUUUGGUUUCAGGACAGAGACCACGGGCAGAGUGUCUUUUCGCUUCCACGCCAUGCAUCAGUCACGAUCCUUCCUUGACAGGAGCUCUCUGAGGAAAAGAAUGCAGACUGUAUUGGAUCGUCUGGGAGGCUCCAGCCAGCAAAGCUCUAUUCUCAAUGUCCUUGAUGCUUUCCAGAGAGCAAGAAGACGAAUGCAACAGGCUAGAGAGAGCCUUCCGAAGGACAUCUUGAGUGCCACUAAAACAUUACAACUCGAGCAGUCAACAGCUUGAACGCCUGAUGUGCAGCUCUUUUCCACAUAUCACUGGGGCUCUGUAAUCUACAUACAAGUUGUCCAAAGGUUGCCUUUUGCAAGGUGUGUUCUUAAAAAGGAACUUGCCCAAAAUUCACCUUCAAGUCAUAGAGAUGUAUCAGAAGAUAAUGGCUGUAGAGUCCAGGAGUUUGGACCAAGUUAUAAAUCACCCAAACCCCUUAGAGAUUCUAAAUCUUGCCUAGGUGCUUUAUAAAGCCACAGCACUUGUGGUUUCCAGAGUUGUAAUCUUCUGACGUGUCGCUGUAACAUGUCUGGUGAUAAAACGGUCACACAAGAUGGACUUUACUUGACGUGUGAGUCAGAAGACGCAGUACUGGUGCCGAUCUGGAGUUGGGACUCCUAAGCGUAUGUGUUCAUUGUGAUUUUUUUUUUUUUACGCAGAUUUCUUUUCCACGCCGAGAUUCCUGCUAAAACACUUAUAAUAUUCGGCCCAUGAUUUAAAUGGGAAUCCGCGCUGUUAGUGCAUACGGCAUAUUUCUUUUCCACGUACAGAACAAAAUUUUCUAAUGUAGAAACAGCGUUGAAUUAGUCUCAUUGAAUGGAGCUAACCCACAUGCAGAUUCCACAGCAGUGCAAACUGCAGAACCAUGGCAGAAAUCCAUCCAAGGAUUUCUACUGUGGAUUCCACGGGAGAAACACGUCAGGUUUUUCCAAAGAGCAUUUUUGCUGUCUGAACAUUCCCCAAAUCAUUUGGUACAUUUUAUUUAAAGGGAUGACUGCUUGUAUAGUUAUUUAUUUUACAUAGUUUAUUAUAGUCACAGGUGCAGUAGAUUGAAGAGAACCUGUCCUGUUGAACAUGGGGUCCGAGCUGCAGGCAGCAUAUUAUAGAGCAGGAGGAGCUGAGCAGAUUGAUAUAUAGCAAUAUUAUAGCAUUGUGGAAAACGAUUCAGUAUAACCUUCCCUUUAUGAUUGUGUAUAUAGGGAUAACUGUCAAUCACUGAUAGGACCGCCUUCUUGACCUCAAAGCCCAGAAUAAGCAGGAACAUAAAUGAAUGGAAUAUAAGUUAUACUAAAUCUUUUCCUAUAAAACUAUACAUCAAUCUGCUCAGCUCCUCCUGCUCUAUAACAUGCUGCCUGCAGAUUCAUAGUGGCAGGUUUCUUUAAAGCAGGCAUGUCCAAACUGCGGCCCUCCAGCUGUUGCAAAACUACAGUGCCGCAGUUUGGACAUGCCUGCUUUAAAGUCUCCUUUUUGUAAUCUGCACAAAAUGUGAUUCAAAAUAUCAAGGGGUUAAAUAUGCUCAUGUAUCUUUUAACCAUAUUUUUAAUAAUUUUACCUGUAAAGUAUACAUUUUAUAAAAAGUAUAUUUAUCCUAACAUGUUUUCAUACAUAAAUAUGGACAAAAUGCCUGAAAAUGUAACAUCAGUAUGGUCUUAUGGGCACAAUUGUGAACUCUGUAAUCUAUACUGGACUACAUGUAUUUUACAUGUCAGUGUAUAAGUGUGUCCACUUGAGCUCAUGAAUGUAUAUGAGUGCUCUGCUAUACAUAAACUCACAUCUAUUCUAACUCAGGAGGACGACCCCUUUCAGAGAACAAAAAAGCUGUUAAAUUCUCAUUUCUCUGUGUAUGGGUUG